GACAAAGAAUUCUUCCGUUUGACUGAAUAAGCAAUUCAUUUUAGUUUUUCCGGGUUUUAUUUCCGCAGUAAAAUCAUUGCAACAAAAAAAUGUCUGAAAUGAAAUAAAUUUAACUGACGAAAAUGAAUAAAUUGUGUGUUAUGACAUUGACGUAUGGCGCACUCGAACCGAAACUUCAUCCGUGUGUGUGUGUGUGCCAUCAUGUGCGUUUUUAUGUACUGUCAAGUGACCAUAAGUGUGUGCGUAAUUAAGAAACAAGCUGAUUUGAAACAUGUAUCAAAUAUGAAACAACAACACACCACCACCAAUGCAAUGUGAAUCUGCUUUGUGUUAUACUUGUCUUGUUCAAUAUUUGAUAUGUCGAUUUAAGUUUUUCAUUCACAAGAGCCAUUUAUGUUGAGUCGAAAGCAAUGUUCCGUGUUGUCGUCGUCGUUUAAAAGAAAAAAUUUUUUGAUGUAAGAACAUUUCCACAUCAGAAUAAUAUACGGUGAAAUUGGAUGUUUCGCAAUCAGAAUUUCAGUGUGUACGACGUGGAUAAAUGAAUUUGUGUGGAAAAAUCUGUUUAUUCCACUCGAAACAAAGUGAAAGGAGAAAAAAGUUUUUGUGGAAAAAAUUUCGUUCGUGAACAUUUGAGUUGUGGAAAUAAUUUGUCGCAGAUACCAAAUUGAAAGCAUGAAAAUGGCAGCGAAUUGUGUCGAAUGUGCUAAUCAAAUUGUUUGAAUAAAAAGAUAGUGUGCAAAUCGUCGCCACCACCGUCACCAGUUAAGCGAUCACACGAAGCGGGUGAAAGCCAAGUAGCCGAAGUGUUGGCGGCUCUUCAGAAAUAAUUUAUCAUCAAUGAGUAAUUUACACGUAAACACAACGACCAAAAGUCUAGCAUUUGAACAAUUACCAAAAUCAUGGAUCAAAUGUAUCGCUUGGGACAUAAAUAUGUGUUCCUGAUACUCAUAAUUAGUACGUGGUGUAUUUUAGCAACCGGACAAUACAAUGAGGAUAUCAGUCAAAUCAAAUGUUGUGAAGAUGACGAUAAGAGCGGUGGAAGCACAAUCAGUAGCAGUAGCAGCGGAGGCGGCGGCGGCAGCAGCAGCAGCAGUAGCAACAGUACAAAAUCCGUUGAUUUAUCCGUAGUUUUGGAUCGGUAUCGUUUCGACGAAGCGAUAUCAAAGCCUCGUUCAUCCUGUAUACGUAUAUUGUUUGAAUCACUUUUGACAGCCACAUGGAUUCAAUCGCUGUCGGCCUUAACAAAAAUAGAUGCAACGAUCAGCUCAAAUGCAGCGGAAUUGAAUGGUUUCCAUCAACAGUAUGUAGUGUAUUGCAAUAACACAAGCAUUGAUGACUUCAUCACAAAGUCAAUGGGCGAUAAAUCGAUGGUGUUGUCGAAUGAACAACCGAACCGUAGCCAUUCGAAUAGCAAUCAUGAGAUGCUUAGCGGGAUAAUUCUAUUGAAUGUUCCGUUGAAUGAUGCGAAUAUCAAUAGCAAUCUGAUGGCUAGGUGGCAACAAGCAAGUACAACAAAUGUAAAUUUUCCUAGAAACCAAUUAACCAAGACAAUGGAGUAUAUGUCAUGGACACAAAGCCAUUUGAGCAGUGAUUCGUUAAGUGCAUGGAUGCGUCGUUUCGAUCGGCCGGCAUUUGACCAUUUGACCUACUUAGAUUUGAGCGAUAAUGAUAUAACGAAUUUAAGAUGGGAUAUGUUUAUGCAUGCACCAAAUGUACGUUUGUUGAAUUUGUCUCGAAACGCCAUCAGCAAUGGCAGCUUUCAUCAACAGUUAUUCCACCGCUUUACACAAUUACAACACCUAGAUUUAGGCAACAAUAAAAUUAUGUCAAUUGUUUAUGAGAGACUGUACGAAUCGGCUCCGACGUCGAAUGAAGAUGAUGUGAAUGAUGUCAAUUCAAGCAAUCCAAAUGACCAGCGGCAACAGUCGAUGGGAGGAUCUGUGUAUGCAACGUCGGCCGUAUUCAGUGAUAUGCCUGAAUUGCGUGAGCUGAUUCUGAGCCACAAUCAAAUUAUCGAUCUUCCACGGAAUUCAUUCACUUUGAAUGGAUUACCAAAAUUACAUUUACUAAAUCUAGCUCACAAUAAUCUAUCGAUAAUCCCAUUUCAAAUAUUUCAAUCGCUGUUUGCGCUCCAAGAACUGGAUUUGUCAAGUAAUCGCUUGAUGACUUUUCUAGAUAAUUUUUUCAUUGCAAAUAAAGCACUUCGUGUGCUCAACGUACACAAUAAUACGAUGGAAAAAGUGCUGAAAAAUUCAUUUCAAGGCUUACAUCAGCUGCAGGAAUUAGACUUGUCAGAGAAUCACAUCAUUACCAUCGAUCGGAAUGCGUUCGAUAGUUUGGCAGCGUUACAACGUUUGAAUCUGUGCCGCAACAAUUUAACCAUGUUACCAACGACUCUAUUCCAGCAAUUGCAUCAGCUCAAGUAUUUAAACUUAAGCCGAAACCGAUUCAAAGUAUUACCAAACGGAGUGUUUGCCAAUCAAUUUGCUUUGGAGCAUUUGAUUAUCGAUGAAACGCCGCUGCAAAAACUGAACAAUUGGAUUUCACGAAAACCGAACGAAGUUAACAAGGACGUGCUGAAAUGUUUGCGUCGCAUUUCAAUGCGAAAAAAUCACAAUUUACGGGAAAUUGAUGCGAUUACGUUGCGCAGUUUGUCAGCCGUUGAGUAUUUGAAUCUAUCCGGCAAUAGUCUGGUGAUUUUACCGCAUGAAAUCGGUGAAAUGACUGAAUUGAAGCAUUUGGAUAUAAGUAAAAAUGAUCUCAUAUCAAUACCACAGCAAUUGAACACACUGACGAAUUUGACAGCGAUUAAUUUGCUGGGCAAUAGCUAUGAAUGUGAUUGUAACAUGGUGUGGCUGACAACAUGGAUAAAUGAGACACGUAAACGUGCCAUCAAUUUCACAUUAAUCGAACAACGACCGCCAUUCAAUCAAUUCCAUCAAUUGAAAUGCCGACACGGCUAUCCUGGUGAUUUUUUACGUGUACUUCAGCAGUUGCAAUGCUUUGUACCGGAGCCCGUUCAUGUGUCGGAGAGUAAAACCUAUUUACUACGCAGUGAUGCGGUGAUCCAGUGCGCGUUCAGCGGAAAUCCCAUGCCAGACAUUAUUUGGGUGACUCCAUUGAACAAAAUUAUACGUUACUAUGCCGAUCCAGAUAUUAAACCAUUAGCAUUGACGCAUAACAAGAGCGCCAUGAACAGCAGCAGCAGCCAUUUCGAUGUGAAUGCCGAUUUGGAUCAUCAAGCGAAAAAUCGUGAGAAAAUGGAACAUCAAAUGCUUGAUUUUGACCGGCUCACAGCACCAUCAGUCAACGAUGUGACGGUACUGGAAAAUGGUUCGUUGCGUGUUCACAAUAUUUCACGCAAAGAUAGCGGCUUAUACAUUUGCUAUGGCUACAAUGUGAUGGGUUACAAAUCGGCUGAAAUCAGACUUUUUAUCGAUCCAAUCGUAUUCUAUCGAGUGAAAAUUGCCAGCAUUGUUACCGGUCUACUGAGUGCCACAUCUUUCUUGCUAUUGACAUUGAUUGUGCAGGGCAUUCGACGAUGUUGUGUCAGAUUCAAUAUCGCUAAUAAAAUAUGCAUGAACUGUUGUAUAUGCUGCCUACGCAAGAAACAGCCCAAAAAGCAUAUUUUGCAGAUGCUCGACAGCAUCGAACACUAUAAAAGUCAACAAUUGGAACGCCUACGCGAGAAUUAUGCACAACAAGUCCAUCGCAUCAAGGAGAAUUGUGCUCAACAAGUUGAAUGGAUACAGGGUAGCUAUACCAAUCAAACGAAACAUCUACGUGAUCUUGGUACGCAUCACAUCACCGCCAUGAAGGACCAAUACUGCGACCAGUUGCGUCGGGUGCGCGAUUAUUCAACCGGUCAAUUAAAUUGGGUGCGUGAAAAUUACGUGUUUCAACGCAAUAAAAUCCGAAAGUUUAGUGCACAUCAAGUGCUACGAAUUCGUGAAGGUUACAAAUACCAACAGCAAACGCUCAACAAAGUACUGGAAAAUCUACCGAGUUUCUAUUUUGAAAAUUGCCGCGGGCGUACCGAUGAAAAUAUUGAUGAAGACAUUCUGAGGAAGUUCGACUUGAACACAGAUUUCGAAGUGUAUUUAAAGACGAAAAUUGUCGAAGUGCAUAACAUAUCAAAUGAUGAAGGUACCAGUUGCUGUAGCGAUCCAAAUGGAUUAGCACGAAAUUUGCAGAUGAAAUCAAAGUUGGCGAAAUCGAUUUAUCAUCCGUUCGACCGACGAAGCAUAACCAAUGAAAGUAAGGCAUCAGUCUACUACACGCCAAAUGAUACGGUGGAACAGCCUCAGUUGCAACUCUCACCGAUGCACAUCAAUAUCAUUCGAGAGAAUUUAAACACAUUCUCCGAUUGUAUGAAGCCAUCAGAAUCGAUGUGUAAGUUUGAUUUUGAUGUGUAUCGUCUGGAGGCGAAUCUUGAACAGGAGAUUGAUCGUCGUCGUCGACGCAUUGGCAUCGACGAUGACGACGAUGAUGACGAGGAUGAAACCAUUGCAAUUAAUACCGAAAAGACUCGAAUGUUAAAUAGCGACGAGCCGAAUAUGGCAAUCAAUUCAGCUCAUGGAUACAUUCGACUCAACACAUUACCCAAACGCAGUAAAUAUAAGCGAUCGACAAGUGGAAACGACUUUUACUACUCACUAGAGAAUGUAUUCGAUCCUACGGCAGCAGCGGCAAUGAACGGUAACUUCUAUAAAAUUCACUUAUCCAAUAAAACCAUCGAAGAAGCGUCGUGUGAAGAGACCCAGUUGACCAGUUCAGCAUCGGACAAUUGCAGUUCAAACGGCAAUGACAUGAGUCGAUUGAAUCCAACGAACGUCGAUGAUCACCAUCGUAAUCCAUCACAAUCAGUCUUGGUGCUGAACGAAGUCCCGCCUGGCGGCGUCAAUGAAAUUAAAACGAGCAACAGCAUGCCAAAUAUCAGCAAAACAGACAGUUUAACCAAAGAACCAAAUAAUGAUAUUGAGCAUGCGACUGCGAAAAACGAUUCUCAAUUAGAUCAAAUGCUUCCCAAUUAGAAAGAAA